AACAGGAUCUCCAAAUAACAAAGACUAGAAGACUAGUGUGUUUGGUGCCAUCUUCUGGAGACUGACAUUUUGUUCAGAUGGAAAGGAGAGACUUUAGUGUAAACGGUGCUAAAUGAUAAUGCAGUAUUAUAGUGCACAGUAUUGUCACACAGUGCUGUUUUAAUUUGGUGCAUAUUAACAAGACAGACAAAGUUUUUUUUUAUUGCAGACAUACUCAAAGCGUCUUCUAAUAUCAGAACACAAUAAUAACUUUGCUAAAAUGAAAGAUGUAGUCUAUCAGCACUGAUAAAUAGAAGUAUAUGACUGUAACACAAAAUGUAGCCAUUUGUAUAGAUUAUAUUCAGUAGCUUGUAUCUUUACACGUUUUUGUUUAAAUGUGCGAACAUCAAAAAUGUUUAAUUUUUACACUAAUUUUAUAAUAAGGUAUCAACUAUUCUUUUUAGAGUAUUGCUAAAUAUCUUCUUCUCCUUUGCAAGCUAAGGGUUAAGGCAGCCAGCGCCUUGCGCACAGGUGUCUUGCCAGUCCUUUAUGAAACAGCGCCUGCAAUCUGCUGGCGAACUUUCUUUUUUUUUUUCUUUAAUUAAGUUGAUCAUAACUGUAACUCAGCUGGGAUUUUCUGUCCCACUAGACAGGCCACUGUAAUUCAUGUAGUUAGAUCUUAAGUGGGUUUGCUGGCCGUAGCCCUAAUCUCUCGCAACUAUUAAACGUGGAGCGACUAACCUGGAGUGCUCUCCACAUCGAGACCGGUCCUGCACGCCCUUGUUUCGCUGCUUUUGUGCCGCAUGUGAUUCCAGUUGUUAGAAAACGAAUUACGCGAGAGUUUGGACAUAGUCUCAAGAGUUCUCCUCAAACUUUUAAGUCGUGUUCAACUUCUUGCAUUUUCAAGAUUUUUUUUAGCGUCCAUUCUGUUACGCGUCGGAUAUGUGGUGGAUGCUGUUUCCACGAUGGAUUUGGUUUCUUCUGGGACAUUGUUAUACCAUACUCCUUUAUAUGGACAGCUGCCGCGUGAGAGCAAUGCCCAUGCCCAUGUCUGUGGCAAAAGUGGUGUACUCUCACGCAGGUCUGUGCCCGAAUGACCUGAACCCCAACCUGUGGGUGGAUGCUAUGAGCACCUGCAUGCGCGAGUGCGAAUCUGACCAGGACUGUGAGACAUUUGAGAAGUGCUGCCCUAAUGUAUGUGGCAACAAGAGCUGUGUGGCAUCACGCUAUAUAGACGUCAAGGGCAACAAGGGCCCCAUUGGAAUGCCAGAGGGCGCCACCUGCGACAAGUUCAUGUGCUCUCAGCAAGGGUCCGAGUGCGACAUCUGGGAUGGCCAGCCUGUUUGCAAGUGCCGGGACCGCUGUGAGAGAGAACCCCACUUCACGUGUGCGUCUGACGGCAUGACAUACUAUAACAAGUGCUACAUGGAUGCCGAGGCCUGUUCCAAGGGUAUCUCUAUUUCUGAGGUCACCUGCAGGUACCACCUGACCUGGCCAAACACCAGUCCAAUCCCAGCAGAGACAACAUUACAUCCUACCACCGCCCUCCAGACCACCCUCCCAGCUGACAUCCAGCUCCCCACCAUACACAGCGGCCCCACCCAGCUGGCUGUUUUUGUGGGUGAGACAGCUAGCUUCCUGUGCGAUGUCUCUGGGAAACCACAUCCGGAAAUCACCUGGGAGAAACAACUGAAGGGCAAAGAUAACACCAUAAUGAGACCUAAUCAUGUCCGAGGCAACGUUGUGGUCACUAACAUUGGCCAGCUGGUCAUAUACAAUGCGCAACUUCAGGAUGCCGGCAUCUAUACGUGUACAGCCAAAAACGUUGGGGGAAGUGUAUCGUCACACUUUCCCUUGGUAGUGAUCAGGAAGGAGGCGAAAGGUAAGAAUGGAGAGGGGAAUAGUACCAACCUGCCGUUUUCAGCUGAAGAGUGUCUUAAAAGUCCAGACACAGAUGGCUGUGGAGAAGAGAGCAUGAGCUGGUACUAUGAACCAAAGAGGAACAAUUGCUUCACCUUCACCUACAGUCAGUGCAAUAAAAACCGUAACCAUUUCGACACCUAUGAAGCCUGCAUGCUGUCAUGCGGAGGAGAGCUGGCGGCUCCGUGCAGCCUACCGAGCCUCCAAGGGCCUUGCAAAGCAUACGAGCCUCGCUGGGCUUACAGCAGCGGCCUCAAAAAGUGCCAGUCCUUUGUGUACGGAGGGUGCGGUGGCAACGAGAACAACUUUGAGUCUAAAGAGGCCUGUGAAGAGAUGUGUCCCUUUCUGAAAAACCACAACUGCAAGAUAUGUAAACCCCGAGCCAAGAUGGUCACCAGCUUCUGCAAAAGUGACUUUGUGAUCCUCGGGCGUGUGACCGAGCUGACGGAGGAGCAAGAGUCUGGCCAUGCUUUGGUGACAGUAGAAGAGAUCUUGAAGGACGAGAAGAUGGGUCUGAGGUUUUUUGGCAAAGAGCCCCUGGAGGUGACUCUUCUGAACAUGGACUGGAACUGCCCGUGCCCCAAUAUCACUACAGCCGACGGGCAGCUCAUCAUCAUGGGGGAUGUUCAAAAUGGCAUGGCCGUUCUGCAGCCCGACAGCUUCGUAGGCUCCUCCAGCACUCGUAGAAUCAGGAAGCUUCGCGAGGUUAUUCACAAGAAAACCUGUGAUUUCCUUAAAGAUUUCUCUGUCGUCCAGUAGUCUCUUAAAGUCUCACACUCACUAAAAGUCUUUUGUCUCAUGUUUUCUGAUUAUUCCAAGCUCCAGUGACCUCACUCACCAGUCUGAAUGACUGCCAGUAAACAUAAAACAUAACUUAUCUGUAACAUUGGAGGUUUUGUUGCCUGAUUCAGAUGGUUUUUCUUGUCUUACUUUGUUCCUUAUUGCUCAAUAGAUCCCUCCUCGUAGUUUUUGUUUUUGACACUGAUCAUUUUUUAUCAGUUUUCAUUCAUGAUUUCUUCAAAGAUGCUGUGUCAACAUGGUCCUAAUCGCUCUUUUUUUUAAAUAAGAAUCAAGCUUGCACCUAGGGCACACUGUCUGGAAAAGGUGCAGGUAGAAUAGCCCCAAGCAUUUACCCUGUACAAAGUAUUUAAUCUUUAGUAAACUGUUUACUAAAAAAGUAUUAUAGAUUUCCUUUCCAAAUGUUAUCUUGAAUACACUAAUACCAUUCAUUUUAAAAAUAUGUUUAAAUAUUAGUAGGCUAUGUUUGCUUUAUGUUUUUGUGGGUUAUCCCAAGAUAGACAGUGUGUAACAUCUGUCCGCACUUGAGCUCACAAUAAUGCAGUUUGAACCCUCAGUUUAUUUACCAGAAUCAAAUAAGCUCUUUGGUUUCAUAUUUUGUGGAAUCCAUUUUCAUAAGUUUUAAUUUACAAUACAGAAUAUGUAUGUGGACUUCUGUACUAUGUAUUUAUUUUUCUUGAUCUAUUUGAUAUGGCCAUUUGAUAUAUAUGUAUAUCUCUCUCUCU